GGGGUUAUAUUGCGCCCCGGCAAAGGUAGACGCGGGACUUAAGCCUCGACCGGCCAGCGCGGAGAUGCUACCCAGGCGGCCAGGGGCGGGAAGGCGGCUGCGGGAGCCACGGCCUCGGGGACUCGGCUCCGCGGGUGCUCAAAGCUGAAGACACCGGACACCCAUUCCACAUACCCUCUCCCCUUGCCCCCCCCAAAAGAAAAGCUGGCACACUUAUCAGUCGCCACCAUCUCCGUGUCGCGGAGUUCGCCGGCCCUGGACGUGGGAUCCUCCCAGUGAAGAAUCCUUCUGGGUCUCUGGAACGGAUCGCAGAUGCGCCCCCUUCUUCCCUCCUGCAGGGAACCCCAAACCCCACGAACCGGAGCACCGGAGAGAGGAACCGCACCCCCGCACGCAGUCGCCCCCAAGAUCCGAAUCCUCGGACUGGAGACAGCACCCACCCAGACCCUCCCUCCCCGCCCCUCUUGGGUCACCCAAUAAAAUACAACCUCGCCAACGAAAAAUUCCAGCGGAAGAGGACUCUCCUCCUAGGAAGGGGACAAGAAAAAAGGGGAUCUGCUGAGCAAGACGAGGACCUCGGGUCCUGGGGGUGUCCUCCUGGCCCUGUCCCCGGCACCAGCGGAAAGGAAAAGAGUGGAGUGCGCGGGCAUGAAGCUAGAGGUGCUGGACUCCCGCGCGGCCCACGGGCACCAGCCGGGAGGUGACCUAGAGGCCACCGGUGGCAGCGCCGCGCCCUCUCCGCUGUCCGCGGCUGGCGACGACCCCCUGAGCUCGGACGGGGACUGCGCGACCCAUAGCCCUGUGGCUGGCGGGGGCGCCGGCGAGUUGGCGGACGGCGGCGAUCGGGACCGGGGCGGCGGGCCCGGCGUGGCUGCGGCGGCGGAGGAGGAGGCGGAGGGCCACUCGGCGGCGGCGGGAGAGGCGGACGCCGGCGCUGCGGAGCCGGGGGCCGGGGCGGCGGGCUGCGGCGAGGGUGUGCGCAGCAAGCCGUACACGCGGCGGCCCAAGCCCCCGUACUCGUACAUCGCCCUCAUCGCCAUGGCCAUCCGCGACUCUGCAGGCGGCCGCCUGACCCUGGCGGAGAUCAACGAGUACCUCAUGGGCAAGUUCCCCUUCUUCCGCGGCAGCUACACCGGCUGGCGCAACUCGGUGCGCCACAACCUCUCGCUCAAUGACUGCUUCGUCAAGGUGCUGCGCGACCCCUCGCGGCCCUGGGGCAAAGACAACUACUGGAUGCUCAACCCCAACAGCGAGUACACUUUCGCCGACGGGGUCUUCCGCCGUCGCCGCAAGCGUCUCAGCCACCGAGUGGUGGCCGCCCCCACCUCGGGGCUGGGACCCGACGAGUCCGCGCCGGGUCGGACCGCCGCGCCCCAGCAGCCCGCGCCCGCAGCCCCGGCCUCGCCGGCCGCGCGCUCGCCUGCCCGCCUGGAGGGUCGCGCCAGCCCCGCGGGCAAAUUCUCCAGCUCCUUCGCCAUCGACAGCAUCCUCAGCAAGCCCUUCCGCAGCCGCCGCGACGGGGACGUGGCCUCCGCGGCGCGACUGCCCUGGGGCGCCCCGGCGCUGCCCGCCUACCCCGCUCUCCUCCCGGGCGCGCCCGGAGCAGCCCUGCUGCCGCUUUGCGCCUACGGCGCGGUGGAACCCGCGCUGCUGGGCGCGCGGGGAGCAGAGGCGCCCCCCGCGCCGCCGCCGCCGCCACCACCGCCCGCGCCGCACCUCCUGCUGUCGCCCCUGUCGGCCGCGGCCCCAACCAAGCCUUUCCGGGGUCCCGCGGCUGGCGAGGGCGCACACCUGUACUGCCCCCUGCGGCUCCCCGCUGCCCUGCAGGCCGCCUCCGCCUGCGGCCCAGCUCCGCACCUACCCUACCCGGUGGAGACACUGCUGGCCUGAACCCACCCAGGGCCCUGCCGCAGUGGGCACGGAGGCGGGGGGGAAUGCCGACUCAGGGGCUUCGCACUCUCUUUUCGGAAGAAAGGAAACUUGAAAAAGAUUAUCUCCAUCAAACGUGCCUUCAGCCUAAAGCUUUUUGUUGUUGUUAUUGUUGACAGAAGCGUUUCAACUAGUCCAGAACUUUCUCUUGUGUCUUUUCUAACUUUUCAGAGGACCAAAGCAACUCUACAUAGCUUUUCAUAUCUUGACCAAGUCUACCCCUUCUUUCCCCUCAAAAAGAUUUUUUUUUCUCCAUUCUAACUGCCCAAUCUCUCCUUAUUACUAGUCUCCCCCCCCGCCCCCGCCGCUCGCACCUUAUGAUUUGUCCAAAAAAAAGAAAGUGAAAAAAAUUACCAUCAGGGAACCAAUUCAUAUGAUAAAUGAUAUGACUACUGUUUGGGGUGUCUCUGGCCCCCUGCGCUGUGUAUGUGUGUGACAUUUAUAGGUAUGGUUGAGUGUGAAAGAUAAUUUUCAGUCACUUCUCUGCUAUUGACCAAUGCUUCACUGUGCCAAAAUAUAAAAAAGAAAAAAAUGGAAUACUGUUGGGUUUUGUAAGUAAAUUAUUUAUAUAUUUUUGAAACCUGGCUUGAAUAUGUUGCAGGCAACGGGCUACAGCUUUAUUCGUGGUUCUGUGAUCUCUACCUGUGGUCUACUUGGACCAAGUAAUUUCUUUCAAGAAAAAGUUGGUAAAAUAUCCGCGGGGUGCUAGGACCACUGCCACAUGAAAGCAAGUAUGAUUUUUAUUUUUAAUAUUAUUUUAUUUGUGUUUAUGUAUAUAUUCAUGUAUAAAUUUUAUGGAACUCAGGCAUAGUGCUUAUUUUUUAAUAAAACUCACAACUGACUUUA